CCAACAACUCAGCCAUCCUCUCCCUAUAUAUAAAUACCCAUUUCUCCCCCAUAAUCCCAUUUCCCAUCUGGCAGUCUGAAACCCACCAUAUUAAAAAUUUAUUUUAUAAAAAAAGAAUUAGAAAUUAAAAAAAAAAAAACCAGUAUCAAAUCUCCCAAUUUAUUUUGUUUCUUCAACAAACAAAUCAAAAUCCUCCAUAUUUUUCUAACGUUAAACCUCCAUUUCACCCAAUUCCCUCACUUCCAUCCCAUCUUCUUCCUCCCUUCCUUCCUUCUUCUUCUCUCUCUCGCUGGAGAAAUCAAGCAGAAGCAGCAGCUGCUGCAGCAACACGACAAAGGACAGACGGCAUUCACUGGUAGUCCGUUCCUCCUGCGGAAAAGACACCACUUAGUAUUCUUGUCCAAAGAUUUGAACUUUGAAGAACCCAGAAAACUCCAUCCGCAAAAUCAAAGAGGGGUAAUUAAAAAUUGUUCAGAAGAAGCGGCAAAGAAGGAGGUGGUAGAAGAAGAAAGACUGGAACUUGGCUUUUGGUUUGUGCAAAGCAGAGCAGAGCAGGGCGGUUUGGUUUUUCGUUUUUCCACACUAACUCUCCUCCCUGGCUCUCUGCUUUCUCUCCACGUUGGUUGCAUCGUUUACUUUCCCGAGAAAGUGAUGGAAAUUGCGGAAAAUCCAAAGAUGGAUUUGAUUGGAUUGCAAGACAAUAUGGCGACCACCGCACAGAAAAUCUCAGUCGUUGAUCACAUCAACGGGUUCCAAUACGCUCCCGAAAGAUCCGAUAACUUCGUUAUCGACAUGGAAGAAAGCUACUCCAAUCCCAGAAUCACAUUGCAGAGGAGCCUUUCCAGAAAAGGGUCCUUUCGUGGCGGCGGGCAUGGAGGGAUCGAGAAGAAGGUCAAUACCAUUACCAAUGGCUCUGUUUCACAAGAGAAGGAACCCGCGGUUGCAGCGGCGACUUCCCCCGGAGUUGGGCCAGGGGAAGGAGAAGGAGGAGAAAGAGGUUUGCUGGUAGGGAGUAGCACGCCGGAAAAGGGAAUGGUGGAGGGACAGGGGCAUCAUCAGAUCACUAUUACCUCUGCCGCCGGCAGCAUCAAAGCCACCACCGCCGUCGAAGGACGAUCCACGAUGAGAAGGAACAGUUUCAAGCGGCAUCAGAAUUCAUGGCUGCUUGAUCCCAGAAAAGUCCUCUUCUUCUUUGCCACCUUAUCUAGCAUAGGGACACUGUUGCUGAUAUACUUCACACUGUCGAUCGCCGCGGUCCAGUCAGACGACGCUGCUGCCAUCGAAUGACUUCUUCGAUGUGUACAUAAAUGCAAUAAGCACGCGGUAAACGACAGUGAAGACUCUCGAAUCGAUGAUUACCCAUUUACAGAAUCGAGCUGGAAGGUCGUGCAUUGUUCAUGGAGGCUGAUGCUGCUGCACAGAAGCACUACAUAGAGAGGUGGAAGACAAAAGGACAUGGUGAUGAAGUCCGAUAUAAAAAAAAAAAUGGAGCAAAGGAAUAGGAAUCUUCUUCUUUGUUUUAUAAAUAUGAGAGAAGAACAUUUAGAUUGUGCACAUGGAUGGAAAGCUCCUAGUUACUUACCUUUUGGGGUCUCUUUAGUUUAUUCCCUCGUUCAAGUCGUCUAACCAACCAGCCCAUCCCUUGGAAACCUCCUGAAUUUUGUAAUGGCUUCUUUUGGCGAUCCCACUGAGAGGGCUGUCUUUGCCUUUAGCCCUGCUUUUUGUUUGUACAUGGACGCAUCAAAAGGCAGAGCAUAUUAUUAUUGUGCCACCGGCCAUAGCAUUAAGCUUUUGUGAAGGUGAAAAGUGCAAUUGAAAUGAGCAAAAUCACAA